AUGGUAUUACUCAGUAAAUUUAACGAUCAAGCAAUCGUUGAUAAUCUCAGAAAACGCUUUAUGGCCAAUUCAAUGUUUACAUAUAUUGGGCCAGUACUGAUUGCAGUCAAUCCUUUUAAGCAAAUGCCAUAUUUUACUGAAAACCAAAUGCAAAUUUACCAAAAUGCUGCGCAAUACGAAAAUGCUCCGCACAUUUAUGCACUUGCAGAUAAUAUGUUUAGAAAUAUGAUAAUUGAUAAUGAAAGUCAAUGUGUGAUAAUAAGUGGUGAAAGUGGUGCUGGAAAAACAGUUGAAGCGAAAUACAUAAUGGCAUACAUUGCUCGAAUAUCGGGUGGUGGACAACGACUUCAGCAUGUUAAAGAUGUAAUACUGCAAUCAAAUCCAUUGCUUGAGUCAUUCGGGAACAGUGCAACUAUUCGAAAUUGGAAUUCAAGUCGUUUUGGUAAAUAUGUUGAGAUUGUAUUCAGCCGUGGAGGUGAACCAAUUGGCGGGAAAGUAUCGAAUUUCUUACUUGAAAAAUCUCGAGUCACGCAUCAAAAUCAAGGAGAGAGGAACUUCCACAUCUUUUAUCAACUCUGUGCCGGAGCAGACAAUAAUUUGAAAACUAAUCUUGGCAUUUCUACGGUGGACUAUUACAAUUACUUGAAUCACAGUGGUUGUUAUACGAUAAAUGAAAUCGAUGAUGCCAAAGAUUUUCAGAAAACUUUGCAAGCGAUGGAAGUGAUUGGAAUCAGUGAUACAAUACAAAUGGAAAUUUUGCAACUUGUAUCAGCUAUCAUGCACAUUGGUAAUAUCACGUUUGUUGAAAAUAACAAUUUCGCCGCUGUUGCUGAUGAACAGUUUUUAAAGUUUCCGGCGUACUUACUUGGCUUGCAAUCAUCAGCAAUACGCGAAAAAUUAACGAGUAGACAAAUGGAAAGUAGAUGGGGCAAACAAACGGAGCAAAUUGACGUAAAAUUGAAUGUUGAACAAGCGGAAUUCACCCGUGACGCGUGGACAAAAGAUCUUUACAACCUAUCAUCAGUUAAUCAGGGAAUGGAAAUUACUUCUCGAUUAUCUGGCACAGCACUUUCUAUUGGUAUUCUUGAUAUUUACGGGUUUGAAGUUUUCGACAAUAAUGGUUUCGAGCAAUUUUGCAUAAAUUUUGUAAAUGAAAAACUGCAACAGAUAUUUAUUGAAUUAACGCUGAAAGCAGAACAAGAAGAGUACAUUAACGAAGGGAUCAAGUGGACACCUGUGGAAUAUUUUGAUAACAAAAUAGUCUGCGAAUUAUUUGAGGGACGAAAUCCUCCAGGUAUAAUGUGUAUUUUGGAUGAUACUUGCUCACAAAUUCAUGGGCAAAAUGAAGGUGUAGACGAUCAGUUGCUGGUGGAACUGAACAAGUAUAUGACUCCGAAUGAGCACUUCCAAAGUGGAGCAGAAUGUUUUAUUAUCAGGCACUAUGCUGGAACAGUAGUGUAUAACGUUAAGGGAUUUUGUGAAAAAAAUCGCGAUACACUUUAUAAAGAUCUCAUCUUGCUGAUGCGACAAAGUAAUCGGCAUUUUUUUAAGCAAUUAUAUCCCGAAAAAAUACUUUCGAAUGGAAAGAAACCAACAAGUUUCUCAUCAAAAAUUAGAACACAGGCAAAUGAUCUUGUUGAUUCUCUCAGCAAAUGUUCACCUCAUUAUGUGCGUUGUAUUAAGCCAAAUGAUUCAAAACAAGCAUUAGAAUGGAAUGAAAAACGUGUAUUACAUCAAGUGCAAUAUUUGGGUUUAAAAGAGAAUAUCAGAGUACGACGAGCGGGAUUUGCAUAUCGUCGUGCAUUUGACAAAUUUCUCUACCGUUAUGCAAUACUUAGUUCAAAAACAUGGCCGAAUUACAGCGGUACUGCUCGAGACGCAAUUGAGACUAUUUGCCGAAGUGUAAACAUGGAUCGUGAUCAGUACCAAAUGGGUAAAACAAAAAUUUUCAUCAAAAAUCCUGAAUCGUUGUUUUUGUUAGAAGAAAUGCGAGAACGAAAAUAUGAUAGUUACGCGCGUAUAAUUCAAAAAGCAUUCAAAAAUUUUAAUGCUCAGAAACGACACGCUAAAUUUAAAAUGGAAGCAUUCAAUUUACUAUUAAAUAAAAAAGAACGACGAACAUUUUCUAUCAACCGGAAUUAUGUCGGAGAUUAUAUAGGCCUUGAAUACCAGCCAGCCUUGCAAACUUUGGCUGGAAAAAAGGAUCGGAUAAUUUUUGCUGCUACAGUUAGCAAAUAUGAUCGGAGGUUUAAGGCCACAAGACUAGAUUUCUUGGUGACUACAAAGAAAUUGGUUCUUAUCGGAAGAAAAGUGGAGAAAAAGGGACCGAAUAAAGGGAAGCUCGUUGAGAUUGUUAAGCGAGAACUAACGUAUGAUAGUAUUGAAAAUAUUGGACUGAGCCCAUAUCAAGACGAUUUUGUUGUCCUGACAAUUCGUGAUUCUCAUACUUCACUCUUGGAAACGCGAUUGAAGACGGAACUCGUGAACGCUAUCAAUACACAGUAUCGAGAAGUAACAGGCGGACAAAUUCUACCAAUUGUAUUUAGCACAUCUCACAAAAUUAUUUUAAAAAAGACUCGAUUCGGUGGUGGAAUCAGAAAUAUAACAUUUAUAAAAAAUGAAAAUGCAUCAGAUUCUGCACAUCUUACCGUAGCAGACAAAACUUUGACUGUAUGCAUUGGACCUGGAUUACCAAGCAGUACUAGACCAAAUAUUGAUGUACCAUUAAUAAAACAACACUAUCAACGACGACAAUUUUCAAAUAAUCGGAAAAUAGCUAACAUAACCCAGCAGAUACCUCGCAUACCUGAGCAUGCUGCUAUUUCCACCGCGGUGCAUUCGAAUCGCAUCUAUCCAGCUGGAGAGGGCCUCAAAAUUAAUGCUAAUGAUCCUUUGCAGAAUGCCAGAAGACAAGUUCAUAAACCAAAGCCACCACUGAAACCGAAGCCACUUCCAAUUGUUGAAGCCUUGUAUUCUUAUGAAGCUCAGGACACAGAUGAACUUUCAUUUGUUGCCGGAGAUAAAUUCGGAUUAGUCAAAAAAGAUGCUUCUGGUUGGUGGCAAGGUAGAAUGCAAAACCGAACGGGUCUUUUCCCGGGUAAUUAUGUUAGGGAAUUAUAG